AUGACCAUGUCCUUGAAGCGCCUAGACCAAUGCCUAAUAGCUCUCAAGAAAUCUCCCUUGAAAAACAAGCACGACAUUCAGGCAUGGCUAAGUGCCGCCUUGACUUUCCAAGAAACGUGCAAGGACUACGCCGCCGACCACGGCCUCAGCCUCACUGGCUCCGAGAAUCUCAGAGUCGACCUUUCCAAGCGCAUAGAUUAUGCCUCUCAGUUGGGAAGUAAUCUAUUAGCUCUCGUCAACCGUGUUACAAGUAUCGGUACGCCGAAGAACACAAUUCGCGAUAAACAAGCAGAGGUUUUUCCCAAAUGGGUUUCGCCGAAGAACCGGAAACUACUUCAGGCAACCACAGUCAAAGCGAACGCAGUGGUUGCACAAGAUGGAUCAGGGAACUAUAAGACUGUGUCGGAGGCUAUUCAGGCAGCUUCAGGGGGUCGGUUUGUGAUUUAUGUGAAGGCGGGAGUUUAUAAGGAAAAGAUUAAGACUAACAACGAUGGUAUUACGUUGAUUGGAGAUGGAAAGUAUUCGACUAUUAUUACUGGGGAUUCUAGCGUCGCUAAAGGUGCUUCCCUGCCUGGCUCAGUUACAUUCACCGUAACAGGAGAUGGGUUCAUAGCUCGAGAUAUUGGUUUCCAAAACACAGCAGGCCCUGAUGGAGAACAAGCCUUAGCUCUGUACAUCUCUUCUGAUCACUCAGUUCUCUACAGGUGUAGCAUUGUUGGCUACCAGGACACACUCUACGCACUCGCCCUCCGCCAAUUCUACAGAGAAUGUGACAUUCAUGGCAGCCUCGACUUCAUCUUCGGAAACGCCGCCGCCGUCUUCCAGAGUUGCAAUCUCAUCUUCCGCAGGCACAAGGGCUAUGGUGUUAUCCUGGCAAGCGGGAGGUCCGACCCGGGGCAAAAGACGGGCUUCUCCGUCCAGAACUGUAGGAUUUUGCCCGGGUCAGACUUAUCUCCUGCUAAACAUUCCUACCGUUCGUAUCUUGGGAGGCCAUGGAAGGCCUACGCUAGAGCCGUGGUGAUGCAGUCCAACAUAGACGACGUUAUCGCUCCCGGUGGCUGGGUCCAGUGGCCUGGGGCUGAAGCUUCCAGGCUCAAGUCACUCUACUUUGCGGAGUUCGCAAACGUGGGACCUGGAGCUGGAGUGGCCCAGAGGGUGAAGUGGCCAGGGUUUCAUGUUAUUGGAGCUGAUAUUGCUGUUGAGUACACUGUAGGUAACUUUAUUGGUGGAACUUCAUGGCUUCCUUCGACUGGCGUGACUUUUGUUUCUGGCCUCCGUUGAUCCAAUAAUUGGGUUGAAAAGACUUCUUGUUACCUGCAGUUGUAGGAUUGAUGAUCGAUGGUCUCACCACAUAUGCAAACCUUUCAUAAGAUUGCGACCAAAAUCUACUGGAUAAUCAUGCACGUAGUGUGCAAAAUUUACUGUCCAUCAUCACUAGCGAAUGGUAAAUAAACCAGUUGGACCUGUACCUAGCUGGCGUUUGCUUCAUCUUGUUGUAAUUAGCGUACACUGUUCAUAUUAGCUGGUAUGUUCAGUGUAUCAUAUUUGGUUGAUAAAAUUAAAUAGUUGUUGUGAGUUCUAGACCAAUACAUUUAGGUCUUACCUGAUAAUUAAAAGUUUUGUGAGUCACACUUUUGGAUAUGACAUUUUGACAAUAAUUUUUUCCUCA